GUUUACGUCAGCCGGGAACAAAGGGUGGGACUCGGGCAGCCUCACGUUAUCCCGCAUGCGGGUGUUUCCCUUUGCGGCGGUGAGGAGCUGGGCUCAAGGCUGUUUCGCUUCCAUUGCAGCUGCCUCCGCAAAGGUGGGAGAAGAAGCCCUGAGUUCGCUGGUUUGCAGUCGGCUGAUCGCUGUUUGCUGAGCGCAUGACAGGAAAGCACAGGGGCCGCGGAGAGAAAACUGGCAGCCAGCCCUGCGGCCUGCGUGCCACUGAAGUGGAGGAGCCGAUGGGUACCUGCUGUAUGUAAUGGCAUGGGCUCAGCAGCCUUAAGGAGACUAACGUGUGAGUAAGAAGCUUCAGACUCCCUCCCGAUAUUUUGAAGUAUAGAAGGAAGAAAUGAAUCUUGCCAAUGAUGGUGCAAUGUCCAGAGCCAUAUUUGACUGGGACUAUGUUCUGUGGGAAGUUCGUUUGACAUUACUAGCAGCUGGUUUUUUCAUCUACCUGGGAGUAUUUCUUCUAGCUCACUGGCUGUCCUCAUGGAUCAGUGCCACUUAUCGUGCUUUGUCAGCAAAGGAGAAGGUUUUCUGGAAUAUGACUAUCACACGUGGCGUGUUUGGAGUUCAGAGUUGCAUAGCUGGGUUGUGGGCCAUGCUCGUAGAUCCAGUUUUUCAAGCUGACAGAGUGUAUUCACAGCAAAAGUGGAGCUGGUUUAAUUGCUUAAUAGCCGCUGGCUUCUUUUUGCUUGAAAAUGUAGGUGUUCAUCUGUCUAAUAUUAUUUUCAAAACAUUUGAUGUAUUCUUGGUAGUUCAUCAUUUACUUGCCCUUGGUGGCUUUCUUGGGCUGAUAACAAACAUAAAAUCUGGACACUAUCUACCCCUGGCUGGACUGCUACUUGAGAUGAGCACUCCUUCAACCUGCUGCUCCUGGGUACUUUUAAAGAUUGGCUGGUCUAAUACCCUUUUUUGGAAGGCAAACCAGUGGGUAAUGAUCCACCUGUUUCACUGUCGCAUGAUCAUUACUUAUCACAUGUGGUGGUUCCUCCAAAUCAAGGAUGUGGUUGUUGCCUGUUCCGGAACCUCUUCUAUGACCACACAGGGAGCUUCAAUCUUCAGGGACACUCCUCUGUAUGGCAACACUCCUACAACAUAAUUUAGAAAUCUUCUUUGGUUUUUUAUUUAUGAUCUUUAUUUUAUUUACAAUAAAAUGGCUCAUUGAGGAUAAUACUUCGCUAGCGUCUAUCUAGCGAAACCCUAAAUCUUUCCCUGACAUAAAGAAAAUAUUGUUGGUUUAAAGCUAACUAGUCUUGGGCAACUGGUUAAAGUAAUUGUACCCAGUUACAGGCUUGAUUGGACCAGUACUGGUUGAGGUUGUAGACAAGUGACUAAUAGACUCUUCUGUGCAGGAGUGGCACCUAAUGGCAGGAGUAAUGCAUUAGUUUUAACAUAUAAAAUGGCAAAAACAAAAAUGUGCAUGGGGCAAAUCCCACAAUCUGACAAGAACUCUGCUUAAUGGUAAAUUUAUUUCCCAAAGUAACUAACUUCUGUAAGGCACAUGGAAGUAUGUUAGGUCAAGGCUCAUUUUCCUAAUAGUUUUGUAUGUAGACAUGUGGGUAACAUACACUGUUUUACUAAUUAAAAGGGAAAAUCAUAAAUCAGCACAUCGUAUGUCGUGUAAAUGAAGCAUUUCACUGACACAUACCAGGUAGAAUGGGGAAAAACUGAAUGAUGUUGGGCCCAAGCAGAAAUGUAUUUGGGAACACAUCAAAGAUCUGUUCCUGAAAUAUAGACCCUUUUUCUUCUAGAUCAUAGGUUCAAAUCCAGCCCCAGUUGAUGGCAAUAGAGUGAUUAUCUGAAGGCUGUGUAAUGAACUACGUGAAAUAUAUUUUGUGGUCUCAGUCCAGUUCCCAGUGAACAGUACUCCAACCCCACACACACUUUUUUGGCAGUCUCAUGAGAAAGGCCAUGAAAAUCAGUUACCCUGUUAUCCAUAGGGGUGGCCCCUCCAGAUCAGAGUAAAGUCGUGUUGCUUGGGCAGCGUGACACACAUUGAUCCUGUCCUGCAGAUAAAGAACUGGAUUCCCCAGGGCAGUUAAUCAAGCACUUUUCAGGAGCAGAAAAGUCACACACAAAAUGUUUGCGAAAAGGGAUGAGGAUGAAUCAGUUCCUCAUAAACAGAAAAUAAAAUUUGUGACCCAGAUACGUAAAGAGGCCAAACCUCACUGCAAGAGGUUCCAGUGUUGAGUGCUCAGCAAGUCCAGUCACUUGGGAGCAAGAUGCUACCUGGAGAAGGCAUGGAGAUGAGAAAUCAAAGAGGUUGGGAAUGUCUUGAAACCAGGAGACUGGAGAAUUUGUAGAGGCUAAGAACAGGAGAGAAGUAGCCUCAGAAGUGAGUGAAACAGGAAAUUGGGAUAUACUUGUAAUUUUUGGAGUAGUUUGCAUGGCCUUGGUUUUAGCACUUGGAGGGGCUGGGAUUAGCUGCAGUGCUGGAGAUUCAAAAGCAUAUUGGAAGGGUGUUCCCCAGUGGGAUUAGGCAGCUGGGUAGGUAUCUCAAAGGAACUGUGUAGGUUUUUUAUUAUUAUUAUUUAUUUAACAAUUGGGAAAAAAGUAGGUUUUGUAAAACUGAGUUUAUAAAACCUGUUAUGAACAGAAUAGCUUUUAUUACACUGAUAUAUAAAAUUUUAAUUAACAGCAUUUCAUUUUAGGAAAAGGUCUGGAAAAGAAAUUUUAACUUAAUCCUGGAGCCAGCGUAAGCUGCUCAGGACAGAAACCUUGUAAUAUUUUAUACUUCUUAUGGCUUCUUGCCCCUCAGUGGUAUUUUAUGAAUAAUUUUGUUAACCUAUCAGUGUUUGCUAAUGCAAAAGAGCCAGAGAGUGAAGUUGAUAUGUAUCUAAACUGAAUUUUUAUUUGGGUGGAGGAAGUGUUCUUCGGUCUUGUGAAAAAUGUAGUUAGGGCAUUAUUUUUAUUAACGUGACUUUCACCUUGAUAGUGUACCUUGAGCACCAAGAUAUCUUGGGCCUGACGCUUCAAACACUUUGUAUCGUUUAUUUUCAAAUAUUCUCUAAUAAACUUUAGUUUGCUUUAUUUGAAGAGGAGUGGUGGAGAAGAAAGGUGGCUCAGAACUUGUUAAAGGAAAGGAUAAAGGAUGAAUCCCUCUAAAAUUAUAAUCUCAACAAGUAACCUUACAUCUAGAAAAUUACUUAUCUGUACUAGCUAUGUGUGUUCCUCAUCUGAGCUGCCACUUGUAGGCAGUUUGGUCAGGUUUAUUGCUGUUAUGCAGAUACAUAUAGAUACAUCUCUCAUUCUUCUGGACCUAGACCAGUAGCAUCUAUUCUCUUUAUGUUUCUUUAGUUCUGAAGGAUGAGAUAUUAAUCAUGCCUAAAUGCUGCUAAGACUUUAUUAUUUCUGUAGUCCCAGACUAACUGUAGUUCAUUUGUAGGUUUUGCUAAUGUAAAACUUAGCAUACUCCUUUAGGAGGACCUUAUCACACUCGCAUAUGGAAAAGCGCCCAUUGACUUCAGCAAGAGUUGGAUGAAGCCCUUAGUAUGUUGCUGCCAUCACUUACAACAUUUUUGGUUAACCCCGAAUGCUGGCAGGUUAAUGUACUCCCUUCCCCAGUUCAAUGCUCCAGACUUUAUCUUUGCCUUUAUCAUGAACCGGAUUAAUCAUUGUAGCGCUUCUUAGAGCAAAGUGUUUGAGGUAAUACCUUUUAUUGGACCAAUAUCAGCUAUUACCUCAACCACCUUGUGUCUCUAAUAUCCUGGGGCUAAUACAGCUACAACAGUAGCAUUUUUUGUCAGCCUUCUUGCCUGUACUGCAUAUCUUUUCAAACAGAUCCAAAACGCUCCAGCCACAUAUCUUGUUCUGAUUUCCACACUCCUUGGCUGUGUACUUUGCAUUGGCUGGGUGUUGUGUUUUCUUUGUUUGUUAAAUCAGUGUUUGUUUUUAACUACAAACCUACCACAGUCAUGCACUAGGCACAUAGACUCCCUUGCCGUAUAGAUUCCAGCCCAAACUCUCAAGCCCUCUUCUAGAUUGCCAACAGUAUCCAAGUCCUGGAAAUUUUUCUUCUUGUACAGUGAUUGAGGAUUUAUAUACUGUGCCCUCUCUUUCUAGAACGCUCUACUCUUGCCCUCAAGGGAGACUCCCACUUGACAUGGAUUUAGAAGUCAGUUUAAACUGUCUUUUUAAAUACUGAAUGGAGUUGGGUUCAUUGUACAAUAUAACAUUUUUUAGAUGGCACGCUGUCUUUGGCAUCUUUGCAUCAUUAAAAGUAUUUUGUGGAAUAAUUAUAAUUUGUGUGACUCUUCCAUUCACUGUUUUACUGAUGAAAUGUCUGCUUUUUGAAUAUUCAACUUUGUCCACUGGUGACCUGCAGUGAUUAAAUAAGCUUUGCAAUGUAUAUACUAAAUGUACCAUUUUGUGUAUUUAUAAUGUUUGUUAUAUUUGAUAAGGAUAACAUGUUCAGCAAUUGUGAAUAACUAAAAGAUAAAGGUCUUCAUAUUAACAAUGUUUAUAAAGAAACAGGUGAAAACUGCCUAUUUCAUUAUUACAGAUCAUUAAUAUCAAUGCAGGGUCACAAUCUUUUUCUUUUAUAAACGGGAUUAAAAAUGCACCACUUUAACAUUA